AUGGGCAUCCAGGUCGCGGCGGUCGUGACCCCGCCGCCGUGCUCUUCCCCCUCCUCCUCGUCCUCCUCUUCCUCUCCGGCGUCGCCUUCGUCCUCCGCCAUUGCCACGUCGCCGCGGCAUGCCGUUCUGGGCGUCAGGCUGGCGAGGAGCCAGUCGUCGCUGGCUGGCUGGAACGCCGGUGUUAUUGGCCGGCGGCGCGGCGGGCAGCACGCGAUCAGGCGCGCUCUCAGCGCGAGCAUCGACAGCGUCGGGAGCGACGGCGGGGACGAUGAGGAGUUCCUGAGGAGGAUCCAGGAGCUCGCGGCGGGGCAGCACCCGGGCGGCGGCGGCGGCUGCGGGUGGCCGGCGAGCGUGGAGCGGAGCGCGAGCAGCGUCGGGCUGCCGCUGUCCCUGCUGAUGCUCAAGCGGAGGAAGCAGCAGCAGCAGCAGCUGGAGCAGGGGCGGUGGGACGAGCGGCUCAUCGACUGCGCCGACGAGUCCGCGCGCGCCGCGGUGGGCCGCGCCUUCUCCUCGAUGGUGCUCAUCAUCCGGGAGCUCCAGAGCUUCACGCUGCAGAUGCGGGAGGCGCUCUUCUACGAGGACCUGCAGGGCGUCCUGGCGCGCGUCCACGCCGAGAUGCACGCCUCCUUCGUCUGGCUCUUCCAGCACAUCUUCUCCGGCACCCCGGCCCUUAUGGUCUCCCUCAUGCUGCUCCUCGCCAACUUCACCGUCUACUCCAUGGGCGACAGCGUCGCGGCCGCUGCCACCCUCCCUCCUCCCCACGCCGCCGUGGCGGCUGUGGAGAUGGUGGACACCCAGCAACCGGAACAAUCGUCCCAUUUCCAGCAGCGGUUCGACACCCCCGCGCUCAAGACGUUCUCCACCGGCCGCACGGCCUCGGUGGGCGGAAACGGCGACGGGGGCGGCAAGGUGCGGCCGGUUGCCGGCGCCACCGGCGACGGCCAGUCGGACGAGUCGUCGUACCGACAAAGCGGAGCGGUGGUGCCGCAGGACGUGUCGCAGUCGCAGGCGACGCCACUGGGCGCGGGCUCGGGCUCUGAUGCGUCCGUGUCCGACUCAAUGGCCGUGGAGGAGGCACAACAGACUGUACAGGACGAGCUGGUCAUCUGGAAACGGAUCUCCGAUGAAGCCACCAGGAUGCAGGCGAGCGUGCGUGCAGAGGAGCUGAUGGACCCGGAAAUUCUAGAGCAGCUCGUUGCGCCGGUGGAGGCGCCGAAGCCAGACGUGGCCUACUCGUCGGAGCACGUGGCCACGACGCAGAGAUACGAGCAGGCAGUGUCCGAGGAUCCCAACAGCUCGCUGCUCCUGGCUAACUUUGCGCAGUUCCUGUACCAGGUGCAGGGCGACCUCGACAGGGCGGAGCACUUCUUCAAGAGGGCGGUGCGCGCGGAGCCGGCGGACGCGGAGGCGCUGGGGUGGUACGCGGCGUUCCUGUGGCAGGCGCGCAACGACCUCGCGGCCGCGGAGGAGACGUACCAGGAGGCCAUCGCCGCCGACCCCGGCAACGCGCACCACGCGGCAGCCUACGCGCACUUCCUGUGGAACACGGGCGGUGAGGACACAUGCUACCCGCUCGACUGA